GUUAAUGGCAGUCUAAAGGGAUCCUACCCCCACCUUAUGUGUUUAUUUAUGUUUGUUCGUUAAAGGGGGGGGAGGGGGGCGCGCGCCGCGGCUGACAUUUCUAUUAUUAUUAUUAUAAAAAAAAAAAGAAAGAAAAAAAAGAAGAAGAAGAAGAAAAGAGGAGUACGUGUGUUUCGGAAGGAGGAGGAGGAGGAGAGGGGGGGAGAGGAAGGGACGGUUUGCGGCAGCCCUCGGGACAGGUACACACACCUCGGCCCCCCCGUUUUCCGCGCGACAUGCACGAGGGCAAGAGGACGAAGAACAUGUUCCUCACCCGCGCGCUGGAGAAGAUCCUGGCCGACAAGGAGGUGAAGAAGGCGCACCACUGCCAGCUGCGCAAAGCCUGCGAGGUGGCGCUGGAGGAAAUCAAAGAAGAAUCGGAAAAAUUGAGUCCUCCCACUGGAGAUGGCAAAUCGGGUUCCAGCACUUUACCGCCAAUCAAAUCAAAGACCAACUUCAUCGAAGCCGACAAGUACUUCUUGCCGUUCGAGUUGGCGUGCCAGUCCAAAUGUCCACGCAUCGUCAUCACCUCGCUUGACUGCUUACAGAAGCUGAUAGCAUAUGGCCACCUGACGGGCAGCGCACCGGACAGCACGGCUCCGGGCAAGAAGCUCAUCGACCGGAUCAUCGAGACCAUCUGCGCCUGUUUCCAGGGACCGCAGACCGACGAGGGCGUGCAGCUGCAGAUCAUCAAGGCUCUGUUGACGGCGGUGACCUCCCAGCACAUAGAGAUCCACGAGGGCACGGUCCUCCAGGCCGUGCGGACCUGUUACAACAUCUACCUGGCCAGCAAGAACCUCAUCAACCAGACCACGGCCAAGGCCACGCUCACACAGAUGCUCAACGUCAUCUUCGCCCGCAUGGAGAACCAGGCAUUGCAGGAGGCGAAGCAGAUGGAGAGGGAGCGACACCGGCAGCACUCCCCGGUCACCCCGCUUGCCGAGCCAGACUCCCCCCAGCUGCAGACCCACAGUCACCCACCGACCAAGGGCCUGGCGCAGGAGGCCAACGGGCCCACCACCCCGGUAGCCACUCCCACAGCCACCAUCCCAUCCUCCCCGUCCACCCCGUCUACACCAGUGCCCGAGGGCAGUAGGCCUGCAUCAGGGGAGAAGCAGGUGGAGCAGGGCCCCGUCUACGAGAGCCCCGACCCGGAGAACGGCUCUGAAUUCUGCAUGGCAGAGAAUGAACAGACGGAGGCAGACCAAGCCACCGCAGCAGCACAGAAUGCAGCAGUCCAGCAGCAUCAACAGGCUGGGGAGGAGGAAGAAGACGAGACCCCAAACUAUGAGGAGAAAGCCCAGGAGAUAGUCCAGAGCAUUCUGCAGGAGGUGGUCAACACCGUCGCGGGAGGGCACUGCCUGGAUCCUGCCCACCUGUGCUCCGAUGCCAAGGAGUCGGGUGGUGAUGGCGAGCCAGCAGAGUUGGAGCCGACGGAGAGGGUGACGGAGGGCACCCAGAGCUCCCUGGAGGACGAGAGCACGCUGGGCAGUGACAGCGAGCAUGUCCAUGCCAACGGCAUCCCCGGCACGCCCAUCUCUGCCAGCUUCACCCCGUCGCUGCCUGACGACAGACUGUCCGUCUCCUCCAAUGACACUCAGGAAUCCGGGGUGACGCCGGGCCAGCCACCGGGGGCCAAGUUCUCACACAUCCUCCAGAAGGACGCUUUCCUUGUUUUUCGCUCACUCUGCAAGCUGUCCAUGAAGCCACUGUCUGACGGACCGCCUGACCCCAAGUCCCACGAGCUGCGCUCCAAGGUCCUGUCCCUCCAGCUGCUCCUGUCCAUCCUGCAGAACGCCGGGCCCAUCUUCAAGACCAACGAGAUGUUCAUCAAUGCCAUCAAGCAGUACCUGUGCGUGGCCCUGUCCAAGAAUGGCGUCUCCUCCGUGCCUGAGGUCUUUGAGCUCUCGCUCUCCAUUUUCCUCACCCUGCUCUCCCACUUCAAGACCCACCUCAAGAUGCAAAUCGAGGUGUUCUUCAAGGAGAUCUUCCUCUACAUUCUCGAGACGUCCACGAGCUCCUACGACCACAAGUGGAUGGUCAUACAGACCCUCACUAGAAUAUGUGCAGAUGCCCAGAGUGUGGUGGACAUCUAUGUGAACUAUGAUUGCGACUUAAACGCCGCAAACAUAUUUGAGCGGCUGGUCAACGACCUUUCCAAGAUUGCCCAAGGCCGGGGGGGCCAUGAGCUCGGCACAACACCUCUCCAGGAGCUGACGCUGAGAAAGAAAGGCCUUGAAUGUCUAGUUUCCAUCCUGAAGUGUAUGGUAGAGUGGAGUAAGGACCAGUAUGUCAACCCCAACUCCCAGACCAGUCUUGGCCAAGAGAAACCACUGGAGCAGGAGAGCACGGAGACCAAAGCUCCGGAGACGAUUAACCGCUACGGGAGCAUCAACUCCCUGGACUCCACCGCCUCCUCCGGCAUCGGCAGCUACAGCACCCAGAUGUCCGGCACCGACAAUCCCGAGCAGUUUGAGGUCCUCAAGCAGCAGAAGGAGAUCAUCGAGCAAGGCAUCGACCUGUUUAACAAGAAACCAAAGAGAGGAAUCCAGUAUCUUCAAGAGCAAGGCAUGCUGGGUACCACCCCAGAAGACCUCGCUCAGUUCUUGCACCAGGAGGAUAGGCUCGAUUCGACUCAGGUGGGGGAGUUCCUGGGGGACAAUGACCGCUUUAAUAAAGAGGUUAUGUAUGCCUAUGUGGACCAAAUGGACUUCCAGGGCAAAGACUUUGUCUCUGCACUGCGUUUGUUCCUGGAGGGCUUUCGGCUCCCCGGAGAGGCCCAGAAGAUUGACCGGCUCAUGGAAAAAUUCGCAGCUAGAUAUUUGGAGUGCAACCAGGGACAAACCCUGUUUGCUAGUGCUGACACCGCGUAUGUCCUCGCCUACUCAAUCAUUAUGUUGACGACAGACCUGCACAGUCCACAGGUGAAGAACAAAAUGACCAAGGAGCAGUACAUCAAGAUGAACCGCGGCAUCAACGACAGCAAAGACCUGCCGGAGGAGUAUCUGUCGGCCAUCUAUGACGAGAUCGCGGGGAAAAAGAUCGCCAUGAAGGAGACGAAAGAGCUGACCAUGAAAUCCAACAAGCAGAGUGUGGCCAGUGAGAAGCAGAGGCGUCUUCUCUACAACGUGGAGAUGGAGCAGAUGGCCAAGACAGCCAAAGCUCUGAUGGAGGCUGUCAGCCACGUCCAGGCACCCUUCACCAGCGCCACGCACCUGGAGCACGUCAGGCCCAUGUUCAAGCUGGCCUGGACUCCCUUCCUGGCCGCCUUCAGUGUGGGGCUUCAGGACUGUGAUGACACUGAGGUGGCCUCUCUCUGUCUGGAGGGGAUCCGCUGUGCCAUCAGGAUAGCCUGCAUCUUCUCCAUACAGCUGGAGCGGGACGCGUAUGUGCAGGCCCUGGCGAGGUUCACCUUGCUAACAGCCAGCUCUGGCAUCGCAGAGAUGAAGCAGAAGAACAUCGACACCAUCAAGACCCUCAUCACUGUGGCCCACACAGACGGCAACUACCUGGGCAACUCCUGGCACGAGAUCAUGAAGUGUAUCAGUCAGUUGGAGCUGGCUCAGCUGAUCGGCACCGGGGUAAAGGCGCGCUACAUCUCAGGGACGGUGCGGGGCAGAGAGGGUCUCAUCACCAGCACCAAGGAGCAGAACAGCGACGAGUACCUGGGCCUAGUUGGCGGGACAGUGGACCGUAAGCAGAUAGCCAGCAUCCAGGAGUCCAUCGGGGAGACCAGCUCUCAGAGCGUGGUGGUGGCUGUGGAUAGGAUAUUCACAGGUUCGACCAGACUGGAUGGUAAUGCAAUCGUUGACUUCGUGCGCUGGCUGUGCGCCGUGUCCAUGGAUGAGCUGGCCUCACCCACACACCCACGUAUGUUCAGCCUUCAGAAGAUAGUGGAGAUCUCCUACUACAACAUGGGCCGCAUCAGGCUGCAGUGGUCCAGGAUCUGGGAGGUCAUUGGAGACCACUUCAACAAGGUUGGCUGCAAUCCCAACGAAGACGUGGCUAUUUUUGCUGUGGACUCUCUCAGGCAGCUGUCUAUGAAGUUUUUAGAGAAGGGGGAGCUGGCCAACUUCAGAUUCCAGAAAGAUUUUCUGAGGCCUUUUGAGCACAUCAUGAAAAAGAACAGGUCUCCCACCAUCAGAGACAUGGUUGUGCGCUGCAUAGCCCAGAUGGUCAACUCCCAGGCAGGCAACAUCCGCUCAGGCUGGAAGAACAUCUUCUCAGUCUUCCACCUUGCUGCCUCCGACCAGGACGAGAGCAUCGUAGAGCUGGCUUUCCAGACCACCGGCCAUAUCGUCACGAAUGUAUUCGAGAAACACUUCGCCGCCACCAUCGACUCCUUCCAGGACGCGGUCAAAUGUCUUUCAGAGUUCGCCUGCAACGCCUCCUUCCCAGACACCAGCAUGGAGGCCAUCCGCCUCAUCCGACACUGCGCCAAAUACGUCUCCGACAGGCCACAGGCCUUCAAAGACUACACCAGUGAUGACAUGAAUGUAGCGCCCGAGGACCGCGUGUGGGUGCGGGGGUGGUUCCCCAUCCUCUUUGAGCUGUCCUGCAUCAUCAACAGGUGCAAGCUGGAUGUCAGGACUAGGGGCCUGACAGUGAUGUUCGAGGUGAUGAAGACCUACGGCCACACCUUCGAGAAGCACUGGUGGCAGGACCUGUUCAGGAUCGUCUUCAGGAUCUUCGACAACAUGAAGCUGCCCGAGCAGCAAACUGAGAAAGCAGAGUGGAUGACCACUACCUGCAACCAUGCACUUUACGCCAUCUGCGACGUCUUCACCCAGUACUUCGAGUCUCUCAACGACGUCCUCCUGGACGACAUUCUGGCCCAGCUCUACUGGUGUGUGCAACAAGAUAAUGAGCAGCUGGCCCGUUCGGGCACCAACUGUCUGGAGAAUGUGGUCAUCCUGAACGGGGAGAAGUUCUCCCCGGAGACCUGGGACAAGACGUGUAACUGCAUGCUGGAUAUCUUCAAGACCACAAUCCCACACGCGCUCUUAACAUGGAGACCAACGGGAGCAGACGGUGAUCACAUGACGGCACAGGACCUGUCUGACAAACAGCUGGACUCCGUCUCCCAGAAGUCAGUGGACAUCCAGUCCCGCUCGGAGGACCAGCACUCCAUCAGCAGUGCCGACAGGGUUCAUUUGGAGAGUCGUCGGCAGAGUCAGUUUAGCUCAGCCGCGGGCAUGUGUGAGGACAACCCCAGGAACAGGACCCCCACCAAAGUCCAGGAGCAGCGCUUGUUCUCCGCCUUGCUGAUAAAGUGCGUGGUUCAGCUGGAGCUGAUCCAGACCAUUGACAACAUCGUCUUCUUCCCCGCCACCAGCAAGAAGGAAGAUGCUGAGAACUUUGCUGCCGCCCAGCGGGAUGCCCUGUACGCAGCAGACGUUCCUGUGGAGACCCAGGACCAGGGCAUGUAUCGCUACCUGACCUCCGAGCAGCUUUUCAAACUGCUGGACUGUUUGCUGGAGUCGCAUGGCUUCGCCAAGGCCUUCAACACCAACAAUGAGCAGAGGACCCUGCUGUGGAAGGCAGGUUUCAAGGGAAAGUCAAAGCCCAACCUGUUAAAGCAGGAGACCAGCAGCCUGGCAUGCAGCCUGCGCAUCCUUUUCCGUAUGUACACCGACGACAGCCGCAAGGAGGCCUGGGAAGAAGUCCAGAGACGACUGCUCAAUGUGUGCAGUGAGGCCGUGGCGUAUUUCUUGGCUCUGACCUCGGAGAGCCACAGAGAGGCCUGGACCAACUUGCUGCUCCUCUUCCUCACCAAGGUGCUGAAGAUCAGCGAUGAAAGGUUCAAGGCCCAUGCGUCCAGGUACUACCCUCUGCUGUGCGAGAUCAUGCAGUUUGACCUGAUCCCCGAGCUGCGGGCCGUUCUGAGGAAGUUCUACCUGCGCAUCGGCAUCGUGUUCCAGAUCGCCCGGCUGCCCGAGCCCGAGCCUCAGGCGGAGCGAGCCGAGCCGGAGACGGACACGGAGGUGGGCGAGGAGGCCGGGGACGAGGCCCAAUGAUGCUGCACCACGGGCAGGCUAGCACGCACAACCUCCACCCUAGGCUACGCACUCCUCACUCGUCCACUACGGCUGUUUGUUGCCUCAGAACGCCCCGCCGAUGACGCCGGGGCCUUUCAGAGGUCGUUCUUUGUUUUGUUUUUGUUUUUGUUUCUUGUAAUUUUUUCUCAUUUUUGUUGCUGUGCACUUCUGAUAACGGCCGAUUGUUUGUCAACUCCCGUUACCACACACUCGGAUGUGCACACAUUCACGUACACACGUGCGCAUGUAUACACACACACACACACACACGCACACACACCAUACAUCAUAUCACAAGAAACAAGUGAUGCCUUGUAAUUGUGUAGCAACGCUUCCGACUGGAUGACACUGACUACUGAUGAGCAUCACUGACACGCACCCAGUUCUCUGACUCUGCUCGGAAGGACUAUACUUCAGAACAGUGUGCUUCUUACUGUAUAUUUAAAAAGUGAAUAACGAACCGUUUCAACCAUCACGACAAACGACAUUCAGUAACUACGAAACGUGACAUUCGUCGCACAACGAUAAAAAAAAAUCUUUGUCCGCACCGCGGGCGGCUAACGUUAGCAUCGGCGGCCUCGUGGGUGGAACUAGCUGUACAGGUCUGCCGCUCUGUAACAUAACCGAAUAACAGUAGAAUUCCUUUAUUUUUGUUCGUUCUGGGUUUUUUUUUUUCUUCCUCCGGAUUCGCUGCACUCGGCCUCUUGUUUAAACCCCACUGGAGAUUUUACUUUUGUGAUAAUUUAUUUGACUACACCAUCCCCUGCUCCGAAAGGUUUGUAUUCGAGCAAGGCAGCAGAAAGUGAAGGGUUAAAUUAUUCCAUUUUAUAUGUUCUUAGGCCUUUUUAACUGAGAUAGAUAAACCGGGGCUCCUGGAACUGGAAGAGAGGGUAAGCGACGCGAUGAGAGCUGCUUCUGAGUCACUAGUCUGUUUCCAUGUUUGAAUUAGUUUCCACUCUCGUGUACAGAAUCAACAAAUUAAUAAUAUAUUUAAUUUUUUUUUUCUUCCUUUGGUUUGGGGAAAGGUGAUAAUGUAUAGAGAAAAUGAAUAAUGUUAGUCGUGCUUUCAAGUGUGUGGAUGGGACGCAUUCCUGCUCAUGGAUGUAGAAAACAAAAUGUAUAUGGUACAGCGAUGUAAAGUUUUCUAUGUUGCAAAAAAGAUUAUGUACAACUUUCUGUACAAAUACAUCAUCCGGCAUUCUAAUCAGGUUCUAGGUCAAUAAAGUUUUUGA